AUGAGACAGGGAGCUGACCGCCCCUUCUCCAUCCCGCGCCAGGGCUCCGGUCCAUCCUGGAAGCGCAAGGCAGAUGGACAAGGACAUGCACCGAGGCAAUACCCAGCAUCCUCGCAGUCUCGUCGGCACUCCAACAGCAUCAUCGACGAGAAGCUUAUCCACGGGUCUCAAGUAUCGCCAUUCUUUAGUAAGUUCCUCAGACAGCCUGGGCCUCAAGAAACGCUCUCGUACCGGCCGCCGCCCAGUACGCAGGUGUCUGCGUUGCCGACGCCUCAGGAUGAGGACUUUGAGGAUAAUGCACAGCUCGAUGCUUUUGGAAUUCGCGAAGAUCUCGAGCUGCUUGCUCAAUCGGAAAGGAAGACGGGCAACUAUGACCAUUUGCCUGCGUCUAAUGCUGGGUAUUAUCCGUCGUACCAGCCUCAGCGAGAUGGGCCUCAGAGGCAGGUUUCUCAGUUCUUCAGUGGUCUGCAGGUUACGCCCCAUCGAAGUAUAGGCUCGAGCUCGUCGGAUGUCGAUACAAGGGAGGCAUCUAGCCCGUUAGCACGGAUUCAUACUGAAAGGAAGAAUGGCUUGUCUCGAGGACGGGAGCUAGAGAUGCAAAGAAUAACGGAUAUCUUUCACCCACAGCAUACGGAGAGAGAGGUGCAAUAUCCUCAGUCCAUCACUGACUCCCCGGCCUGCCAUGACCCGAGUACACCGUUCCAGAAUAUACCUGUCUCCGUUCGCGGCAUUGUGCUCUUGUCAGUGCGUGAGCUACCAGAUAAUUAUCGCUCGCUGUUCCAUUUUCCGGUAUUCAACGCCGUGCAGUCCAAGUGCUUCCCGACGGUCUACAAAUGUGAUGAUAAUGUGGUGCUGGCUGCUCCGACGGGGAGUGGCAAGACAGUCGUCAUGGAGCUGGCAAUUUGCCGCCUACUCAAUACCCUGAAGGACGAGCAAUUCAAAGUCGUUUACCAAGCUCCAACCAAAUCCCUCUGUUCUGAGCGGUUUCGCGACUGGAACCGAAAGUUCCACUCACUUGGUCUCCAGUGUGCAGAGCUUACCGGUGACACGGAGCAUAGCCAGCUGCGGCAUGUCCAAAACAGCCAAAUCAUCAUUACCACCCCGGAGAAGUGGGAUAGCAUAACACGGAAGUGGAAGGAUCAUUCUCGACUUAUGCAGCUUGUCAAGCUUUUCCUUAUUGACGAAGUCCAUACCCUCAAAGAGGCUCGCGGCGCGACCCUAGAGGCUGUUGUGUCCCGGAUGAAGUCAUUUGGCUCCAAUGUUCGCUUCGUUGCAUUAAGUGCCACGAUUCCCAACUCCGAAGACAUCGCAACGUGGUUGGGAAGGAAUGCGACUAGUCAACAUGUUCCGGCACAUAGGGAGCACUUCGGGGAGGAGUUUCGUCCAGUAAAGCUACAGAAGUUUGUCUAUGGUUACCAGUCGCUUGGUAAUGAUUUUGCUUUCGAUAAACUGCUCACCUCGAAACUCGCCGACAUCAUUGGCACACACUCCGCUAAGAAGCCAAUUAUGAUCUUUUGCUGCACGAGGAACUCUGCCGUCACCACUGCUAAAGAACUAACAAAGCUGUGGAAUAUGUCCAACCACCCGGCUCGAUUGUGGAAAGCACCUUACAAGCUUAUACCGGUUAGUAACGAAGAACUCAAAAAGACUACUACUGCGGGAGUUGCGUUUCACCAUGCUGGCCUUGACUCCGCAGACAGGAAUCAGGUCGAAACCGGAUUUUUAGAGGGAAAGGUCAGUAUCAUUUGCUGCACGUCUACGCUUGCCGUUGGAGUGAACCUUCCAUGUCAUCUGGUCAUCAUCAAAGGCACUGUGAAUUGGCAAGAAAACUGCUCCCAAGAGUAUUCAGAUCUCGAAAUCAUGCAAAUGCUUGGACGAGCUGGUCGGCCACAGUUCGACGACAGUGCAGUUGCGGUGAUACUCACUCGGAAAGAGCGGGUGAAUCACUACGAAAAGCUGGUAUCUGGCUCCGAGAGCCUCGAGAGCUGCUUGCACCUCAACCUUAUCGAUCACCUAAAUGCUGAGAUAGGUCUAGGAAACGUCACAAGUGUAGAGUCCGCUUGUUCCUGGCUUGCUGGAACUUUCUUGUUUGUGAGACUGAGAAGAAAUCCGACACACUAUAAACUCAAAGAAGACGCCAAUCGCGAUGACGAGGAUGAGAUGCUUCGUCAGAUCUGUGAGAAAGAUAUCAAGCUUCUUCAGGAAUGCGGAUUGAUCGAAACGAAUACACUCAAAACUACGGCAUUUGGAGAGGCCAUGGCCCGGUACUGCAUACGAUAUGAAACGAUGAAGACGCUCCUUACACUGAAACCCAAGUCAGAUGUUGCUCAGAUUCUUGCAAUCAUAUCCCAGGCAGAAGAGUUCCGCGAUCUUCGUCUCAAGGCUUCAGAGAGAUCAUUGUACAAGGAGAUCAAUCGCUCCAAUGACAUUUGCUACCCGAUAAAUGUGGACAUCGCCCUGCCGGUCCAUAAGAUAUCCCUUCUUAUCCAAUCCGAACUAGGCGCUGUCGAAUUUCCAAGCGGCGAACAGUUCCAGAAACACAAGCUUACGUUCAAUCAGGAAAGAAGAGCGGUUCUCGCCCAUGCUAAUCGAGUCAUCAGAUGCGUCAUUGAUUGUCAAGUGCACCUUGGGGACCCGGUAGCCGUCCGCAACGCACUAGAGCUCGCUAGAAGUUUAGAAGCAAGGGUCUGGGAUAAUUCGCCUCUUCAGAUGAAACAGAUCGAUACCAUAAGUGCUGCCGCUGUGAGGAAACUGGUAGCACAUGGGAUUGAUAGUAUAGAGACUCUCGAAGAAACCGAGCCGCACCUGAUUGGGGUAUGGUUGAGCAAAAAUCCGGCUUUUGGACUGAACGUGCGGACGCGCCUUGCGGAGUUUCCGAAGCUGCGAGUAUCCGUCAAGAUGACGGGGAAGGAUAUGAAGCCUGGCCGUUCUCCCAGAGUGCUUUUUAAGGCGGAAAUUGCAUUCAUGAACGAAAAGUGCCCGACGUUCUUCCACAGACGACCUGUUCAUGUUUGCUUCAUUGCGGAAACUUCUGACGGCCGCUUGAUUGAUUUCCGGCGUAUAAGCGCGACUAAGGUCCAAAGGAACUAUGAGAUUCCGUUGAGUGCGGAGUUGAAGCACCGGGACAAUUGUAUAACUUGCCAUGUUAUGUGCGAUGAAAUUGCUGGUACAUCACGAUGUGCGACAUUGAAGCCAGAUAUUCCAAAUUCAUGCUUUCCGAAACAAGUUGAAGGCAAUGACGCAGGUCAAGAAUCUCACGAGGAUCGAGGCAGGGCAACCGGCAAGGGAACUGAGAGAGACUCAGCCAGCAAGACGAACCUCGGACGCCUGACUACCGAUGAGCUCCUUUUCGGAGAGUGGUUAGACUCGGAGAUACUGGACGACUGGGAUGAGAAUGCAUUCGACUCAGAACCACUUGAGCCACCCGAGUCCACAGUAUCCCAGAAAACAACAUCAAGGAAUCAGUUUAACAAGCGGAUCACAGAGAUACUGGAUGGCUGUGACGAAAUGACUUUCAUAUCCAGCAUGUCCGAGCAGGCUGAACCAUUCAAGCCCACAAGCUCGCAAAAGAAGGUAUCUAAAACUCAAGGGAAGAAACCAAUUACCGCUGUAGAUACCAGUGGCAGCGUCGACCGAGAACAUGAAAAGUUGGAUAAUGGUCGCUGGGCGUGCAACCACAAGUGCAAGGAUAAGACAGCGUGCAGGCACCUUUGUUGUCGAGAAGGGCUGAACAAUCCUCCUAAGGUCACGAGGAAGAAGUCCGACAAUGCCUAUAAUAAUGAAGCAGCAAGGUCCACCCAGUUAACGCUAACGGGGAGUAUAACAAAAAAGGACGCGAAGCUGACCGUGACCGACACUUCCAAGAAACAACGCAAGAACAGUAUUGGACUGUCAAGCUCGACCCAAGCUUUGAUUCAGCAGCUACCACAGUCAAAAGCGUCGGGGAAUCGUGGCUCUGUUGCACCAGCUGUCGACUUGUCCUCCAGUGAUUACGGCGACGAAGACUUCGAAGACUUGCCCUCCGCAUCCCAAUUGCUCUUCGGGUAUGACAGCAAUCCACCAGACUGUAACUCGCAGGGUUGCAAUUCCCAAGUGAGGGUGAGCAAUAUUUCGAUCCCUCAAGGCGCUUUCGAUAUCGGCGACAAAUCGGUCGACGAGGGGACUUCUUCCGCGGAGCAAUUGCCUGCAACACGACCGCGACCGACGGACGAUAAGCUUCCCAGCACCUAUGUCGUCGACCUUGUUAGCCCUGAGCCUCAGGAGAUGUUCUUUAUGCCCUCGCUUUUUGACGGACAUGAGAGACAAAAAAGAAAAAUGACAGACACAGGGGAGAAGCACAACACCAGCGGGUGCACCAAGAGAGCCAAGAAAUACGAAGAGAAACACAGCUUUCUCGAGAAACCAGCCACCGGAAACAAGGAAAAUCUCGCACCUAAACUCACACCUGAAGCAAAGUCUGACGAAGGUGGAAGUUCUCUGAUGGUUGACGUACCGGCAGGCUGGGAAGGCAUCGACCCAGAGCUCCUGAAUGACUUCAAAGACAUCGUUGAUUUCUUCUGA